AUUGUUUUAUUGCUGUUUAUGCUUCCAUGUUAAAUAUAAAACAUUUGCCCUACAUAUUGAAAGUCUAAAGGGACCUAAUCAUAAACUCAUCAUCACACUAACCUAAAUACCAGGCAGAUCACAUGACCGAGAGAACAAAUUCAGCAGAUUAUAAAACAGAAUUUUUCUGAGAUACAUGACAGUUUGUCAAACAAAUGCUAAUCCUACGUGUGUUUUCUCUCUGCAGGGAUAACUGACUGAACUGAACUCCUGAGACACACAGUCUCUUCUUCUCCAGGCGUCUUUACAGUCUAGUCAGUCCUAGACUGACCAUGUGUGCUGGCUAUAAAGAUAGGUAGUAACAUGACUCAGACUUACCCUGGAGAUGCCGAAGAGACGAGACAUUGUCACUAUUGUAUUGAUUGUGUUGCCUUGGAUGCUGCUCAUCACUGUUUGGCGCCAGAGCACCAUAACUCCUCUGCUUGCUACUCGAAAGGAUGACAGACGUGAUGGUCGUUCCAACUCCAGGAAUACUUUUGCUCUCAAGGAGUACUGCCCACUUCAGUAUGUCUACAGCAGGCCUCUGCCCUGGUCUGACAUCCUACCUACCAUCCACAUCAUCACUCCCACCUACAGCCGUCCAGUACAGAAGGCAGAGCUGACACGUCUAUCCAACACUUUGCUGCACGUACCCAACCUGCACUGGAUCCUGGUGGAGGACUCCCAGAGGAGGAGCACUAUGGUCAGCCGUCUCCUCCUGGAAACAGGACUCAACUACACCCACCUUAAUGUAGAGACGCCCCGGAACUAUAAAGUACGCGGGGACACUAGGGACCCCCGAAUACCUCGGGGUACCCUACAGAGGAACCUAGCCCUUCGGUGGCUCCGGGAUAAAUUUAGUGUAAACAGAAGCCAGCCCGGGAUUGUCUACUUUGCAGACGAUGACAACACAUACAGUCUAGAGCUGUUUGAGGAGAUGCGUUUCACCAAAAAAGCGUCAGUGUGGCCUGUAGCCUUUGUGGGUGGCCUACGAUAUGAGUCCCCUAAAGUAAACACCUUGGGCAAGGUGUACGGUUGGAAAACUGUAUUUGACCCACACCGACCCUUUGCCAUAGACAUGGCUGGGUUUGCAUUGAACCUGCACCUUAUUCUGUCUAAACCUCAGGCUUAUUUCAAGUUAAGUGGUGUGAAGGGAGGUUAUCAGGAGAGCAGUUUAUUAAAGGAGCUAGUAACGCUCAGUGAUUUGGAGCCUAAAGCUGCUAACUGCACCAAGGUAUUAGUAUGGCACACACGGACAGAGAAGCCUGUGCUAGUAAAUGAGGGCAAGAAGGGAUUUACUGACUCUAAUGUGGAGAUAUGACAUACUUCAUCUGACACAGGGACAUUUCUCCAAUGGACUCUUCCUGGAUUCAAACCAACCUCAGAGCAAUAAGCCAGGUUAAAAAAUAUUAUCACAGC